GUCAAUUUUGGCAUAAUGCAGAAAAAUAAUGGAUAAAAAUAAAAACAUCUACAAUUUAAAAAAUGUGAACGAUAUAAGACAGUCGCUAAAAAAUAUAAAUUUGUGUUACUCAAGUCUAGGCCUGAACAUCAAAGAUCUGAAAUCCGUUUGUACUAGAUAUCCAAGUAACUUUUGUAGAAAUAUUUGUAUUUACUCUUUAUUAGUUUUAAUAUUAUGUAUUUUAUUGCAAUACAAUGUAAUUGGUGGGGUGUUUAAUUACUUUCUGGGUGUUAGAUGUGUUUUACGUAAUAAUUAUAUUAUAUGGGAAGCCACUAGACCUUUAUCCAAUUGUGAAUUUUGCAAAAACUUAUCUGAACCUAUAGUAUUACAAAAUGUUAGCAGGAAAGAGUUUGAGUACUAUGCUUAUACCUCAAAGCCUAUUUUAAUUAAAAAGGCUUUUUUACACUGGCCUGCAAGAAAGGUGUUUGAUUUACAGUUUUUCAAAAAUCUCUAUUUAAGCAUUAAUGAGUCAUAUACAAGUGUAGAUGAAGAGUGCCAAUUUUUACAUUUUAAGUCAAAUUUUAUUUCUAUUAAAGAUGUUUUUAAUAUGUCUGAACUGAGGGUUAAAAAUGCCCAAGGUGCAACUUCUUGGUAUGUGGGAUGGGGUAAUUGCCAUCCUAUCAUUCUCCAAGAAAUGAGAAAGUAUUAUCCUAAACCACAUUUCUUGCCAGAUGAUUGUGAAAUUCCAUCAAAAGAAUAUGUGUUCAUGGGAUACGAUGAUGGAGCUACAAUGCAUCUUGAUUUUAUUAAUAGAUUAAUGUGGCAGGCUCAAUUAAAAGGUACUAAAACAUGGAAUCUUUUACCUCCUCCAGAAUGUGAAGAAAUUUGUCACCCAUUAAAUUUUGUUGCAGAGCCAGGAGAUGCUGUACUUGCUGAUACCAGAGUGUGGUACCAUGGAACAAAGAUAAAAAAUGGAGAAUUUAGUGUUUCAGUUCAGUCAGAAUAUGGAUAAAAUUAAGCAAAAUGCUUUAUUUUAUAAGAAUUUUAUAUCUGUAGCAAUUAGUUACCUAAGUUUUAAUUUUUCAUAUUUAUGACUAGUCAUUUUAUUUGUACAAAAACUACAAACUAACCAAUGCAGUUACCAAAACUAGUAUUAUAGUGCCAUUAUAUCCAGA